GCUGCUGCACUUCCAGCUUCUGAGGGAAGGAGGCCGAGGCCUGGGCCAAGCCCGGAGCCGCCGCUCCCCGGAGCCCCCUGGAGCCUCCGCGCCGGCUCAGCCUGGGGGCGGGCUCAGGCCCGGCCCGCCGCCGAACCCAGGACAGAGGCUGCACGCCCGAGGACCAGGCCGGCGCAGCCAUGGAGGAGGCAUCUCCGUAUUCCUUACUUGAUAUCUGCUUGAAUUUCCUGACUACUCACCUUGAAAAGUUCUGUUCAGCAAGACAAGAUGGAACAUUGUGUCUGCAAGAACCUGGAGUGUUCCCACAGGAGGUGGCUGAUCGUCUGCUUCAGACCAUGGCCUUUCAUGGUCUACUGAAUGAUGGAACCGUAGGCAUUUUCAGGGGCAACCAGAUGCGCUUAAAGCGAGCUUGCAUUCGCAAAGCCAAAAUCUCUGCCGUUGCUUUCCGGAAAGCCUUCUGCCACCACAAGUUAGUGGAACUUGAUGCCACAGGUGUGAAUGCUGACAUCACAAUUACAGACAUCAUCAGUGGACUUGGCAGUAACAAAUGGAUCCAGCAAAAUCUCCAGUGCCUCGUGCUGAACUCAUUAACUCUCUCCCUCGAAGAUCCUUAUGAGCGGUGCUUCAGCCGGCUUUCUGGCCUUCGAGCACUAAGCAUCACUAACGUUCUCUUUUACAAUGAAGACCUGGCUGAAGUUGCCUCAUUGCCAAGAUUAGAGAGCCUGGAUAUUUCUAACACCUCGAUCACAGAUAUCACAGCUUUACUGGCCUGUAAAGACCGGCUCAAGUCUCUAACCAUGCACCACUUGAAAUGUUUAAAAAUGACAACUACCCAGAUACUGGAUGUUGUUCGGGAACUAAAACAUCUGAAUCAUCUUGAUAUUUCAGAUGAUAAACAGUUUACAUCAGACAUAGCUCUUCGCUUACUAGAACAAAAGGACAUCCUACCCAACCUCGUCUCACUAGAUGUUUCUGGGAGAAAGCAUGUGACUGAUAAAGCUGUUGAAGCCUUUAUACAACAACGGCCCAGCAUGCAGUUUGUAGGUUUGCUGGCCACUGAUGCAGGUUACUCUGAAUUCCUCACCGGCGAAGGACAUUUGAAGGUGUCUGGAGAAGCCAAUGAAACUCAGAUUGCAGAAGCAUUGAAACGGUACAGUGAACGGGCAUUCUUUGUCCGGGAAGCUCUGUUUCACCUUUUUAGCCUGACUCAUGUGAUGGAAAAAACAAAGCCAGAAAUUUUAAAGCUUGUGGUUACUGGGAUGAGAAACCACCCUAUGAAUUUGCCAGUACAACUUGCUGCAAGCGCCUGUGUGUUUAACUUAACUAAACAGGAUCUUGCUGCAGGAAUGCCUGUCCGACUGCUGGCUGAUGUGACCCAUUUGCUGCUCAAAGCCAUGGAACAUUUUCCCAAUCACCAGCAGUUACAGAAGAAUUGCCUCCUUUCACUUUGCAGUGACCGGAUCCUUCAAGAUGUUCCAUUCAACAGGUUUGAAGCAGCCAAGCUUGUCAUGCAGUGGCUCUGCAACCAUGAGGAUCAAAACAUGCAAAGGAUGGCAGUUGCUAUCAUUUCCAUCCUGGCUGCCAAGCUUUCUACAGAACAAACUGCACAGCUUGGGGCUGAGCUCUUCAUUGUCAGGCAACUUCUUCAAAUAGUGAAGCAGAAAACCAAUCAAAAUUCAGUGGACACUACUUUGAAGUUUACUUUGAGUGCACUUUGGAACCUCACAGAUGAAUCUCCAACCACUUGCAGACAUUUUAUUGAAAACCAAGGGUUAGAACUCUUCAUGCGGGUUCUAGAGUCUUUCCCAACUGAGUCAUCCAUUCAACAGAAAGUUCUAGGACUUUUGAAUAAUAUAGCUGAAGUACAAGAAUUGCAUUCUGAAUUAAUGUGGAAGGAUUUUAUAGACCACAUCAGUAGCCUCCUGCAUAGUGUUGAAGUGGAAGUCAGUUACUUUGCAGCUGGAAUUAUUGCCCAUUUAAUAUCUAGAGGUGAACAAGCUUGGACAUUGAGCCGUAGCCAGAGGAAUUCUCUUCUGGAUGAUCUGCAUUCAGCUAUUUUGAAGUGGCCAACUCCAGAGUGUGAGAUGGUAGCAUACAGGUCCUUUAAUCCAUUUUUCCCAUUACUUGGCUGUUUCACAACACCAGGAGUCCAGCUAUGGGCAGUUUGGGCCAUGCAACAUGUCUGCAGCAAGAAUCCCUCAAGGUACUGCAGCAUGCUGAUUGAGGAAGGAGGAUUGCAACAUUUAUACAACAUCAAGGAACACGAGCAGACGGAUCCCCAUGUCCAACAGAUUGCUGUGGCCAUUCUAGACAGCUUAGAAAAACACAUUGUGCGUCAUGGGAGACCACCUCCCUGUAAAAAGCAGUCCCAGGCUAGACUAAAUUGAUAGCCAUAAGUAAUUGAAUAAUUGAAUCACAUGAAUCUUUUUUGUGAUAGGUUCAUUUGAAAUAUCUUACCCUCUGUGAUGUUUUAGAGGUUUCUAUCAUAUGAGUCAUAAGAUCAGUUUGGGAUGGACGGUGUAAAGUACUGCCCAUGUGAACAGUCUCUAAUUUGUCUUGUGGUUUUUAACUUCUGAGGCAAGAAGGGUCUCUUCCUUCAUCAUUGCCUUUUAGGAAAUUUUCCACAUCUUUCCGUGUUUGAACUUACCUGUGCUUGAAAUUCUACGGUUUUAUGAUAAAGUUUGCACGAACCCUUAGGCCAGACUUUUCUGAUCUUAAAGUCUCUUCCAAUCAAUUUGCAGCUUCAGAAAAGCUGUUAACCUGAUCUCUGGCACUGCUUCAGUUGUAAGUUUUAUACUGCUUCUGUAUAAAUGCCUUUCUUCUCUGUCUGUGUACCUUUUAUAAGAUGUCCUUCUUCGUGUGAAAGAGUGGAAAUCCAAGGCCUCUUUGAAGGCUGCUCACCAACUGGAGCCCCGAGGGUUGGCAGAAACAAUAUAUUGGAAGGAAAACUAUUGAGGGAAAAAGAGACAAGGAACUAGAGAAAGGUCUGCUCUUUCAGUCCAGUUUUUAAACUGGGACAGGCGAUCCUUCUGGAGCCCACCUCUGCCAAGGCCGUAGGUAGUAGCUUGUUACUGAUAUUUAUUCCUGGAAGCAUGGGCUGCUGCUUCCUACACAGACUGCUGGUUACUCUCUAGAAGUAUUUUCCCGGACAUCACAGUGUAAAAUAUUACCACAGUCCGUGUUAAAAGUUAAUUGUAUAAAUCUCUAGAAGUCCUACUAUUGUGAAAAUGUGAAUUUUUAUAAAAUUGUCUCUUGUUAAAACUGACCAUUAUUUUCCCUCUAUUUCAAAGUCAUUUUAUUCAGUGAAAUAGAGACUACACAUGGUAUUACCUGCUCAGUUAAAUACAAUUAACAGCAGUAAAUUUUGUCACAAGAAGUCAAAUUUUCUUUUCUUUUCCCCAAAAUACAUGUAUCUUAAUGUUCUCAUGUUGGAGAAAGAUGUCCACAUCUCACUGCCAAAUAUGAAUGAGAAGCAUUAGACUGUUGUUAAAUGUAAUGAUUCUAGUUGUAGUGCGUAAAAGGAAAUGUUUUUUUGAUGGGUUAUUUUUUAGACAAUUGCCUUUCUUUUUAAGAUACCCAUUGCAGCAUAGUAAGAAUCAGUUAUCAUUAUAUCAAUAAUGGCAGCAGGGAGGCAGCAGGUCACCAAGAAACUUAAUUUCCAUCUACAAUUUUAGUUUGUGAAUAAGGUUAAUCACAGUUUCAGAUGACUGCAUUUUUUUUCAUAGAUGGCCAAAGUGUUUUCAAUAGAGAUUUAAAAUGUAUGUUUAAAUUAUGAUUAUUAUUCAGAAGCACUUUUAUUUAGAAAGGAACUGGCUUAUUAUGCUGAUAACAUUUUUGACAUACAUAUUUCAUA